CUAUUUCCUGUGGUGUGGUCCACCAGAGGUUUGGAUAUGCUACGUUUUUGGCCCAUGCCAUAAAAUGAGCUGGCAAAAUGGAUGGACGGCCCGACCGAACUUGGCGUUACCUGACCUGAAUGAAUCUGCUCCCAAUCAUACCCCACCACGUCAGCUCACCACAGAUGACCCUUUCGUAGUGGCAGGGUCACCAAGCAAUCCCCAUCUGUGAAAGGUUCAUUAGUGAGAGAGAGAGAUGCUUGUUAGUCUUUUCCGCAAUAACUAGUGCUCUUAAGCAGCUCUCAUCGGUGUAAUCCACGAUUCUGAUCAAAGCAGCUCUCAUGUCACUGUUUUAAAAGCUGCACCACAAGGGAAGUGGGAAGCAAUCAUACAUAGUGCCUGAACUAACGGUGGUCAUUCCUUCCCAUGUCUCAAGUCAAUGUUUUAAAAGCUGCACUGCAAGGGGAGUGGGAAGCAAUCACCACCUUGUACCGAGAGCGGCCCACCUUAUGCGAUGCCGCUCCAGUCACCGCUGUUACAGGUAACACACUCAUUCACAUUGCAGUGCAAUAUUCCGGUCGAGCCGAAGUGGUUAGUGAGCUGCUAGACUUACUGCCAGAACGUGUACGCGUAGCAAAGAACAACGGAGGGAACACUUCACUCCACGAAGCUGCCAGGGCCGGGAACACUGAGAUUGCAACGGUGAUACUGAAGAAGGAUGAGGGCUUGAUUACAAGCCGCAACAGCUGUGGCGAGACGCCUGUGUUUUGCGCUGCCACGCAUGGAAAGAAGGAGAUGCUCAACUUCCUUGUUUCUGUGGCUAAGAAUGUUGUUCAUGAGGUGAUGGUGAGGAGGAACGACGGAGCUACUAUCCUUCAUGCAGCUACUCUUGGUGGAUUUUACGCAGAUGUAGCGUUGGAGAUCUUGGAGUUGUGUCCAGAGAUGGCAUUCAGUAGGGACAACCGUGGAAUGACGGCCCUUCAUCUUCUCGCCUUCUCUUCAUCUUCUUUCAAGAGCAGAACCAUAUUUUCUCUUCAAUCUGUUGGGGAAGCGCCUUUUCUGAUCUAUGAAAAGAUAGCCGUCGCCUUGUACGCUUGUAUUCCCGUGGAGCACUUCUCGAUAAGAGAAUGCGGUAAUUCCUUAAGCGGGUCAAAUCAAGCAGAUACUCAGGAAUUCAGUUUCACAAAGAUAUGUAAGGACCACGUGAACUCAGGGAUUAAGCAUUUGUUAUCAGCAUGCCCGGUACUCAGAAAUGUUUACAUUGCAAAGCAAAAGCACACAUGGGCAUUGCAACUUGUGAAGCGUUUGAUAGAAAAGGAAGCUCAAUGGAGAUAUGAACAUGAUGGUAUGGGCCCAAAUAAAAGCUAUGGAUGGCAUCGAAUCAAUGAUGGUGAUGAAUCAAAGAAGAUGAAAAAUAAGAAUAUCGAGAAGAAAUUAGAUAGACCUCUCAUUCUUGCAACAAAGUUUGGGAUAGUGGAGUUGGUGCGGGAGAUAGUGAAAGUAUUCCCGGAAUCUGUAGAAUUCGUCGACGAAGCUGGGAAGAACCUGUUGCAUUUGGCGGUGGAGCACCGACAGGAGUAUGUUCUCAAGUUAUUGAACAAGAUGAGGAUAGCGACUGCAAUGAUGGCAGCUGGGAUUGACAUAGGCGGUAACACUAUCUUGCAUCUUGCAGCCAAGCUUGGAGAAUAUAAGCCAAAGCACGUAAGUGGGCCCGCCAUUCAUAUGCAAUGGGAGAGUGUCUGGUUUGAGCGUGUAAAGAAGUUGUGUCCAGCACAUUUGGUACCCUACAGGAACAGGAGUAAUCUAACAGCUAAGCAAGUAUUCACACAGAGCCAUAGAAGCCUCCUUAAACAAGGAGAGGAGUGGCUGAAAGAUGGGUCUAACACAUGCAUUGUCGUGUCCACCCUCAUUGCCACCGUCACAUUCGCUGCGGCCUUCACCAUACCUGGCGGCAAUGACAGCGGAACAGGGCUACCGGUCCUCCAACAGCACCCGAAUUUCAUACCUUUCAUAGAGUACAUAGCCGUUUCCCUGUUAUUCUCAUUGCUCUCCCUUGCAAUGUUCCUUUCCAUCUACGCCUCUCGCUUCGAAGAAGAGGACUUCCUCGCAUGGUUGCCUAUUCAGUGCUUUGUCGCCAUCACUGCUCUAUUCAACUCGGUUGUGUUCACCGUAUCGGCAUUCAUGAUAGCUUUUCUUCUGGUGACUGAUUGGAACCUUCCGAAGCCGGUAAGCAUCGCGGAUAUUGCACUUGCCAGCGUCGGCUUUUCAUGCUUUUGUCCUGUUUAUCUGCAUAUAGUUUACCUCCCCAUCUGCUAUUCGAUUGAUCUACUCUGUAUCUGUAUCUGAACCCUUCAUAAACAUCAUCCGGAUGUGAUGCUUGAUGUGUGGUCAUAUCAAAAUUAAACGGUUGAAAUAUUGGGACA